AUUUGCCCGCUUACGCAGAUUUGUUCAGCAGAAAUCCGCAAGAUCCUUCUUUGCUGCUGCAGCGGCGUCGCAUCCUUAAAUAUCUUCGGCUUCUUCUCGUUGUCUUCUUCCUCUGUCCCUGUCCGAUCACCCACUUCCUCUCCUACCCACUCCACCAACCACUCAAUCUACCAAUUCCACAAUGGUUUCUGCUGCCGAGGCUGAUUCGCUCCACCAGAAGGCCUUCCACUGGGCUGAGACCCAGGGCGAUGGCAAGGUUCCCUCCUUCGGUGUCCGCGCCAACGAUCCCUACAACUACAUGACCGGCAUGCCCGGCGAGCACGAGUCCGAGGCCAUUCCCGGAACUCUCCCCAGAGGCCAGAACUCGCCCAGACAGGUUCGCUUCGGCCUCUACGCCGAGCAGCUCACCGGCUCUGCCUUCGUCUCUCCUCGCUCUGCCCACAAGUCCUCGUGGGUCUACCGCAUGCGCCCCGCCGUCUCGCACAAGGGAUUCACCGAUCUCAACAUCAACGAGGACUACGAGUCGUGCUUCCUCCCCGUCAACCCCAAGACCCACGUCUCGCCCACCCAGCUCGCGUGGCUUCCUUUCGAUAUCCCCAAGGACGGCCCCGUUGACUUCACCCAGGGACUCAAGACCCUCGCUGGCUCUGGUGACCCAUCCCUCCGUGAGGGAAUCGCCACCCACAUCUUUGUCUGCAACACCUCCAUGGUCCGCAAGUCCUUCGUCAACCUUGACGGUGAGUUCUUGAUCGUCGCCCAGCAGGGACGUCUUGACAUCCAGACCGAGUUCGGCUGGCUCUACGUCCAGCCCGGUGAGAUCUGCAUCAUCCAGCGUGGUGUUCGCUUCUCCGUCGGCACUCCCGACGGCGAGACCCGUGGAUACAUCCUCGAGAUCUGGGGAUCCAACUUCGAGCUCCCCGACUUGGGCCCGAUCGGAGGAUACGGUCUCGCCAACUCGCGCGACUUCCUCGUCCCCCAGGCUUACUACGAGAUCGACAACGAGCCCAACUACGAGCUCAUCUACAAGGUCGGUGGCAAGUUCUUCAAGUCCACCCAGGACCACUCUCCCUACGACGUUAUCGCCUGGCACGGAAACUACGUUCCCUACAAGUACGAUCUUACCAAGUUCGUCAACAUCGGUUCGAUCUCGGUUGACCACAUCGAUCCCUCGAUCUUCUGCGUCCUCACCGCCAAGUCGCGCGACCCCAACGCUCCCCUCGCCGACUUCCUCAUCUUCAGCCCUAGAUGGGAUGUUGCCUCCAACACCUACCGCCCGCCUUACUACCACCGCAACGUUGCUUCCGAGCUUAUGGGCUUGAUCUACGGUCAGUACGGUGGCCGCUCCGAUGCCUUCCUCCCUGGUGGAGCCUCGUUCGAGACUGGUAUGACUCCUCACGGUGUCGCCUACGAGGAGUUCAAGGCCGCCUCCGCGGACGUUCCUCCCGAGAUGCGCAUCUCGCCUGGCUCGAUCGCCUUCAUGUUCGAGUCGUCGCGUGCCUUCUCGAUCGCUGAGUACGGCUGGACCGUCGACAAGUUGCACUUCCACGACCCUACCAUGUGGGAUGACCUUGUCAACAACUUCACCAGCCACUUGGACGAGGUCAAGCAGCUGACUAACGGAAAGUGGGAGCAUGGUGUCAAUGUUAAGUAAGGAGUGAAAUGAAUUCAGUGGUUUUUUUCUUUUUAGGAUAGUGGUCUUCUAUUAAGGCGUCAGUGAAUGUAAUCAAAUGUAUUUUCUAUUCUCAAUCUAUCCUCAGUCAUUCGCACUUUAAUGUUGAGGGUCUUUUACGCGAGGCACGAAUAAAUCAUAAUCAUCUGAUGGAGGGCAUAGCUCAGCACUGAACUUGAGUGAGUUAAGCUAUUGCGUCCACUAAUCAUGGCCUUCGCUCAGCAAAUAGGAAGAAGAUUAUAACACGAAUCAGUGUCCCGUGCGGACACCCGGACCUACUUGCAAUAUUCUAUCAGUCUCUGUAGAUAAGAACUAUUCAACGACAGUCAACGCAGCUUCUGAUAUUCGUAGAUCGAACAGCAAGACAUCACAAUACGAACAGAAAGAUGAAAUGAAGCAAUACUAUUUCCAAACACGUGAUCUACAUAAGUUCUAUUAUGAAUCCAGUGCAAAGGCGCUUGGAGUUGAUGAAUUAGGAAA